UUUCAAACGAAAAAUCAGUCCUUCUUUGGCACCAAUGGACGGGAGUGAUGAAGAGGACCAUUGGGAUAACUCAGCUCCGCCUGCACCAUACCUUGGACCAGAAGCAAGUUCUUCAGAGAACUCUGUGGGGGCAAACAUGACCAAUGUUUCAGCAGGUCCAAAAGGAGCUUUGGGUCUCAGUUUUAGUGGAGGUUCUGGCAGCAUGACGUCCCUGUCAUGGCGAGAUGCCCGAUUUUCCGAUUGGACGGUUCAGGUUGGAGAGAAGUUUUAUCAUUUGCAUGCUUUUCUGCUGGCUCGAGCAUCCCUCUUCUUCGAAAGUCAUAUGAGUAUUGCAGCUCGUGCUGAACAGGGCAAUGCCAAAGGAAGUGACCUCACUGAGGUCCUGCCUACAUCUUGUCAUUCAGCCUUUGAGGAUGCCUUGGAUUUCAUGUACUCGGAGAACCAGGCUGCCUUUGAGGCGCCUGCAUCCAAGGCUCUUCUCCUGCUGAAGAUUGCGGAUAUUCUCCAAAUCAGCAGCCUUUUUGAAGCCAUGGGUCGCCGCAUUGAGGCAGCUUUUGAGGACACUGCACCUUUGCUGCUUGAACAAUACUGUCGCUUUCACAUUCCGGGCACAGAUGAUGGUGCAGCACUUCGCCAAAUUCGUGACGGGGCUGUGGAUCUCAUCGUUCGAAAGUUUCAACCUUUCCUCACCAACGCUGAGAUGAAGACUGCUCUGCUGCGACUACCUGCUCGAGUCUUGGUGGAGAUCUUACAAGCAGAUGAGCUGCUGGUAGCCAGUGAGGAUGUGGUAUUUGACUUCGUUUUGUCUCGCUUGCACGGAGAGCUCGAGUCGGACGGUCCCAACGGUCCCAACGAGAAAGAUCCACGUCCUAGUGACGGCGAGAAGGCUUCCACUCCAGAACGUCAAGACGGCGAAGAUUCGGAUGAUGAAGAGGCCUUGUGGGAUCAAGUUCGAUGGGCGUUCCUCAGUUCCACAAAAUUUGCCCAGGCCCUUGCUCUGGGAAACAGCCUUCUGAAGCCUGAGGUGACCCAACGCGCACUCACAGUGAGAACAACAAGAUUCGACCUGGGAGGUGCUGAGGCCUUUGGCUCAAUGGGAUACAUGAACAGUCUGGUACCCCGACGUCCGAUCCUACCACCUGGAGUGCCGCCACCAACCUCAACGGAGAUCGAUUUUUGCUUUCACUACGCACAUUCGGAGCAGUAUGCAUGCGGGGAGGCUCUGCGUUCCCAGCCGAAGCGCAUUGGCGAUGUCGUCCUUCGCGUGCUGGUCUUUCCCGCCGGAACAGACACUGGUGUUGCGAGGGGCUCGCUGUCGGUGUUUCUGGAGGCAGUUCCUCAGCCGAGCUGGCCACGAGACUGGGAGUUUGCCAACAUCCGGUACGGCAUUGCGUGCAUCAGAUGGCCAUCAGGCUCUGGCGAAACCUGGGCUGCAAAGAAGAAGAGCGACUUGUGGACAUUCAAGGCCAAUCGCUUAGACAGAGGAUGGCAUGACUUCUUGGCCCCGGGCGAAAUUCACAGAUAUCUGGGUCCAGAUGGCUUUGUUUGUAUCCGUGGUUCACUGGAGCAAGAGUGCUUGGGUCGAGCCUUCCUAUUGAAUCAAGCAAGCCAAGCGGGCUAUUCAGGCGGUGUUGGGGAUGCCGCCGGAUCCUCUGCGAGCCGACGUUCGUGGGUACCACGGUCUCAUCCCAUGUCCGAGCAGCAGUGAGCUGGGCCACCUCCAAGAUUUCUCACCUGGACCCAAAAGAGGCAGCUUUGAGAGAACUCUGGACAUUCGGAAUUUCAGUCUUGUUUUCCGGUUCUGCAGUCAGUUGUUGCGUUUGGUUCCAAGUCCACAUUUCUGGGCCAUUGUAAAUAGGUGCGGGCUGUUCCCCUUGGCACGGCUUGUGAAUUAAUGCAGACACCUGCCGUGCCACGGCCACGGGGACAGACUUGAUAGGCGACGCAAAGGUAGUUGUCUCUGUUCCCCGCCAUCCAGAGAAAGGCUUCUGUUGCGGAGCAGAUGUGCUGGAAACUAAGCAAUCUUCUCUGGAUGACUAAGAGGAUCAAUCAUGAAAGGACAUUGCAUAAUGC